UAAGACCGUGUACCAUACUCUUUGUCUACACCAGCGCGACUGUGGAAGGAUUUUGAACCGUUAUUUAUAGUAUACAGCUGGGCUGAACAUUUUUUCAACUUUUCUUCCAUAUGAGAUGAUUCUCUUCGCCCCUACCCCCUCCAAAAGUGGAACGUAGCAGUACUGUCAAGUGUCAAAUGUUAAAUUAUUUAGUGACGUUUGUUUAACUCUGGUGGGAGGUAGUGGUGGUAAAAAUUUCAACAAAAACUUCAACAAAAUAUUUAAAUAAGUUUCUAUUAUUUCAUUAGAAGGCAGAAACAUAAGAGAUUGAUCUGUCCUGAAUUACUGUGAAUUUUUACAUCAUUAGUCUAAUAUUUUGAAAACAAACGUGACAAAAGUUUGUUUUAAAUUUCUUUUGUGUUCAUAUCAUUAGAUAAAAACGUUUAUUAUCCCUAUUGGACGAUAAAUAUAUUUGAUCUGGAAUAUAAUAUGUUACUAAUGGAUUUGGCACAAUUUUGUUCGUGGUAAAGCAAGUGGAUAUGAAUUUCAAGGCCGACACUCGAAAAUAAAUACUGAAAUAUGUUAACUUUUGCGUGUAUUAUUUUAGCUCGAUAUUCUUAGAAACAUGUAGGAUUAAAUAGAAAAAAAAAAAUAGGAAAAUAUACUUGCUUCAAAUAAGUAUACAAAACAAAUCAUCACUAUGAACUGAAUACCUCAAAAGCAAUUAGUUGAUUUAUAUUAAGCAUUUAUAUUUUUACUUUGAAUAUAUAAAACUUCUAAUAUGACUGAUGAUGAAAGUCAACCUCUCAUAGAGUAUGCUUCCUUACAAAGUCGGGAAUCACUAUUCAGUUGUGUCCAAAAAAUUAACACUGACCCAGAUUUUGAUCAGGUGGUAUAUGGCUAUCGAAAAUGUAGAUGGCGGGUAGUGUUGGUGCACAUUCUAUCAGUACUAACUUGUGGAAUACCUUAUCUAUUUUUCCACUGGUGUCCUACAUGGCUACUUUAUGCCACAUCGGUCAGAUGCUGUUUCCAAAUAGCUGACCAAGUUUUAGUAAUUGAAGUAUUUCAAAAGAAAUGUAAAAUCUACUUCAUUCACAAGAUAAUAGAUAAAAAUAUAGCUGAUGCCAGUGGGUUACUAAAUGAAGGUUUUGAAGAUGAGUUCGGAGGUGAGAAAGGUACAUUAGACAGUGCAGACGAUCUCUACACACCAUUGCAUUUAGAUGAUGGCACAAAAUUAAACGUCCAACAGUACCGCUACUUCCGCCACAAAAAGCAACAUUUAAUAUGGGAUUCGGUAAGAGCUCAGUGGGUACGCCUCGCGGGCAUCGAGCGCGGCACCACUUGCGCUCAAAUACACGCGGCUGCGUCGCGACCUCCUUGCUCCGAACGACGGUUGAGAAUAUUAAAUAUUUAUGGCCUCAACGAAAUCAAAGUGCCGGUACAAUCAAUACUGACAUUGAUUCUCUUGGAAGUGUUCAACCCAUUCUACGUGUUUCAAUUAUUUACAAUAGCGGUGUGGCUCGCUGAACCUUACUAUUACUAUUGUGUAGCUAUAAUACUUAUGUCCACUUUUGGUGUAUCAACAUCUGUUAUACAAACAAAGAAGAACCAAGAGAGCCUACGCGCCACGGUGGAGGGCGCGGAAACGGUGCGGCUGUGGGGCGGGCGGAGCGUGGCCAGCCGCGCGCUGUGCCCCGGCGACGUGCUGCUGCUGCCGCCGCGCGGCUGCACGCUGCUGUGCGACGCCGCGCUGCUCAGUGGCGCCGCCGUGGUGGACGAGAGCAUGCUCACCGGUGAAUCUGUACCAGUAACAAAAACAGCUUUAACGAGAAUGGACAAAGAAUUUGAUUUGAAAGAACACAACUCCAGUGUUAUAUUCUGCGGUACGAAGGUCAUACAGACUCGGUACUAUAGUAAUGAACCCGUCAAAGCGUUGGUUCUUCGAACAGGAUACAACACAACCAAGGGCGAACUUGUUAGGAGUAUUUUGUACCCCGUGCCCGCGGACUUUAAGUUUGACAGAGAUUCCUACAAAUUUAUUAUAAUUCUAGCCGUCAUAGCUCUUGUGGGGUUGGGGUAUACAGUGGCUCUGAAGGCAUACAGAGCGAUGACCGUGCGAGACAUAAUUAUAAAAGCCCUAGAUAUAAUAACUAUAGUGGUGCCUCCCGCCCUCCCCGCCGCCAUGACGGUGGGUCGAUUGUACGCGGUGGGUAGACUGAAAAAAGCUGGGAUUACUUGUCUCAACACCAGAGCUGUUAAUGUUAGUGGAUCCUUGGAUUGCUUUUGCUUUGAUAAGACAGGAACACUAACAGAAGACGGUCUAGACAUGUGGGGGGUUGUACCAGUCAGUACGGCCUCAUCCCCACCAAUUUUAGGGAGACCCCAAAGAGAUCCAAGGCUAUUAAACGACUUACAUGAAUUGAAGAUAGGAAUGGCUUCCUGUCAUAGUUUGACUUUAUUGAAUGGGGAGUUAGGUGGCGAUCCGCUGGAUUUGAAGAUGUUCGAGUCAACGAACUGGCUACUCGAAGAACCGGAUGUGCCAGAAGAAGCAAACUACGACAUGUUGACUCCAACAGUGGUAAAGCCACGGGGCGCUGCUAAUAUAGACGUAGACGAUUUACAUGUGCCCCUAGAGGUGGGGAUAGUGCAGCAGUACCAAUUUGUGUCGCAACUGCAACGAGCUUCAGUGGCCGUACGACUGUUGGGGGAGGAUGUUCUGCGUGUGUACUGUAAGGGCGCGCCCGAGACCUUGCGGACACUGUGUCGACCGGAUACCGUUCCCGUCAAUCUGGAUGAAGUAUUGAGCUCGUACGCAGAAAAGGGUUACAGAGUUAUCGCUAUGUCUACACGAGUUUUAGAAGUUACGUAUAAACAAUUACAGAAGUUGAAAAGAGAAGAGGUUGAAAUCGACUUAGAAUUUCUCGGUCUGGUCAUAAUGGAGAAUCGUUUGAAGCCAGCCGCUACUAGCGUCAUUCGAGAACUGAAGGAGGCCAAUAUACACGUCGUUAUGAUUACUGGCGACAACAUCCACACGGCCGUGAGCGUGGCGCGCGAGUGCGGCAUCCUGGCGGGCGAGCGGGUCGUACGCAUCACUGCUGCCGGCGGGCAGCUGUUCUGCGAGAGCACGCGCCACGGGGUGAGUGUAGGCGGUCGCGUGUCCCUCGACCGCGAGUACGGCAGCACUGCGGACAGCGGACACGGCUCGUGGGGCUCCGGGGACGCGGAGGCGGCGCCCGGGGAGCCUCAGUACAAAGUUGUCAUGACCGGGGACGCGUGGACGGAGCUCCGCUCGCGCCCCAGUGCACUAGUGCACCGUGUAAUCGCACGAGGUGCAGUGUUCGCUCGAAUGGCUCCCGAUCAAAAGCAACAGCUGGUGCAGGACUAUCAGGCGAUGGGUUACUACGUCGGCAUGUGCGGUGACGGCGCCAACGACUGCGGCGCGCUGCGGGCGGCGCACGCGGGCGUGUCGCUGGCGGCGGGCGAGAGCUCGGCCGCGGCGCCGCUGCUGGCGCGCCACGUGGCCGCCGCGCCGCGCCUGCUGCGCGAGGGCCGCGCCGCGCUCGCCACCGGCGCCGGCGUCUUCAAGUUCAUGGUGGCCUACUCGCUGGCCGAGUUCCUCUCCGUCGCCUUCCUCUACUACUUCGACUCCAACCUCACCGACUUCCAGUUCCUGUUCAUCGACGUGGCGCUGAUCGUCAACUUCGCCUUCUUCUUCGGCAUGACGGAGGCGUACGCGGGGCGGCUGUUCCCGGUGCCGCCGCUGACGUCGCUGUUGAGCCUGGUGCCGCUGAUGUCGCUGCUCGGGCAGCUGUCGAUCAUCGCGAUAGCGCAGUAUCUGAGUUACUUGGCGCUGACGACGUUCCCCUGGUACGUGAGGCACACGUACGAGGGCGAGGAGGCGAACGAGUGCUGGGAGAACUACGCCAUAUUCACGAUUUCUAUAUUCCAGUACGUGAUUAUGGUGAUAGUGUUCAGCCACGGUGCGCCGUACCGCCGCUCCGUGGUCACUAAUAAGAGGCUAAUGGCCAGUCUGAUAAUCAUGACCGCCAUUUGCGUCUACAUAACCGUCUCCCCCGCGAAAUGGCUGGCGACCUUUCUCCAGCUCCGAAUGCCGAAGGAUACCCUGCUGUCUUACGUAAUCCUCGCUUUAGCGUCUUUCAAUUUCGUCAUAGCUCUCUUCUUCGAAAGAGUUAUAAUCGAGUAUUUGAUGGAACGUAAGCAGAUGAUACCGAAGUUUUUAAAGGAAAGACACGUAAGGAAAACCCCGCACCUGAUGAUUAAGCGACAGUUGACGGAUAUGGAUUACUUGAGCUGUGAUAGCGUUAUAUCGUACGACAAAGAAACGAACGGUUCCGUUUUCGACUCCAAUUCGGGAAAAACCUUAUGAUCCAUCCUUUUGGUAAAAGUUAAAACAUUUUAAUUGAAUUGAAUAUGGAAGAAAAUCGUCAAUUACCAAUAAAUUUCACUGGAAACUGACAAAGAUAUGAAAUAUUUUAUUUUGGAAAAGUUUCAUAGCGAAAUCUGAAACAACAUUCUCAUCAGAAUAAUACGUACAAAUCCCAUUUCUGGCUGUCCUUUUUGUUUCAUAACUAUGGGAUAUAUGUAGGAAAGAUAAACUAAAACAUUCAUUUUUGAUUUUAGGCAGAAAAAUUUAUUAUUGCAUUGUUGCAUGUAUUUUAUGUGUAUAUAAUCGUACCAAAUAUCCAAGAUUACUUCUGGUGCUAAAUAUGUAUUUAAAUGCUCCAAUCGAAGUUUAUGUAUAUUAUAAGAGUUAAGAGCUACUACGAUCAUUCCAUUCUUAACCUCACCAAUUUAAGAGAUUUUGUAAUAUUGACAUUAUUUUAUUAACAUGAAAGAAGUUAAACUUAGACAGUAUUUUUUCUCUGUUUAAAUAAAACUUUAAUGUAGUUUUUACAUUAUUAUAAUUUAAAA